UCUCUUUUCACCCUUUUCCUGAUAUUUUCAGCUAAAACGAAGGGGAACUUGCUAUUUCUAUCUUAAUAUCACACUCAGCAUCAUCCUUCCAGUUGUUUGUUGUUUGAGUAAUUUGUAGUAAAAUGGUACCACCAACUACUUUCAUGAUCACUAUCGGUAGUGGAGAGAGUGACUAAAAAGAUUCAAUUCUCGUUAUUACGAGAGUUCUUUUGCUUGUUGCAGACCCACAAUCUCUCUCUCUGGGUGGUGAUGAUACAAUGAUAUCAUACAAAGAAAAAGAUGGAUCCUUAUGAAAGCUCAGUUGCUAAUGGCUGAUUUUGAGACACGUUUUCUUCAUUUCCUCUAUAUUUUUAAGGAUCAACCCUAGUACUGCUCAAUAAUUUGUUUCUCAUCUGGCCUCUGUCUCUCUUUCUUCCUCUCUGAAUAAUUAUAGCUUCAAUGGAAAAUAUGUACAGUCUUGAUCCUGCAACAACUAGUACUGGAUUUCAUCACCAAGGACCACAACUAGUACUAGAAAAACUUCUUCAUGGUCAAUUUGAAGCAACAGAAGGAGAUAAUAUUCACGAAAGACAUACUAGUACUAUUAUGGAUCAUCAUCAUCACCAUAAUCAUCAACAGAUGUCUGAUGUUAUCAAAGCUCAGAUCGCUAGCCAUCCUCUUUAUCCUGACCUUAUUUCUGCUUACAUCCAGUGUAGACAGGUUGGAGCACCACCAGAAAUGGCGUUGCUUUUAGAAGAAAUAGGGCGAGAUCAAACUACUAACAACCCGCUGCUUUGUGGUGGUGGUGUUUGUAGUUCUAGUCAUGAUAUCGGAACUGAUCCUGAACUAGAUGAAUUCAUGGAAUCUUAUUGUAAGGUUUUGUUAAGAUAUAAAGAGGAGUUAUCUAAGCCAUUCGACGAAGCAACGACGUUUUUAAACAACAUAGAGAUUCAGCUCAGUAAUUUGUUAUUGUCUAAAGGAAUUUCUUCAACCCCUACUAAUACAGCUACUACUACAACCUCUGGUACUGGAAGUGGAAGUUAUCACUCACCUGACGGAGCAGCGGGGUCCUCAGAAGAGGAGUUGAGUUGCGGGGAGGCAGAAGCAUCAGAAAGCCAUGAAUCAUCUGCUCCUCGUGCAGCCGAUCAGGAGCUGAAGGAAAUGCUUAUGCGAAAAUACAGUGGAUAUCUGAGUAGUCUUAGGAAGGAAUUCUUGAAGAAAAGAAAGAAAGGGAAGUUGCCAAAAGAUGCAAGAACAACAUUGAUGGAUUGGUGGAAUACUCAUUGUAGAUGGCCAUAUCCCACGGAAGAGGAGAAGAUGAAGUUAGCUGAUGUGACUGGACUAGACCAGAAGCAGAUAAACAACUGGUUUAUUAACCAAAGAAAGCGGCACUGGAAACCGUCCGAAGACAUGCGCUUUGCUCUAAUGGAAGGUGUUGGUGGUGGUGGUGGCGGAGGAGCUCCAGUGUAUUUUGAAUCCAGUGGAAAAGGACCAGCAGAUAUCAAUGACUUUUGUUGAUGAGAUGUAACUCUGGAAAUCGUCAAUUAUCCUUUUUCCUAGUAUCUAUUCCAUAUCCUUGGCCAAAAAAAUUGUGUCAAAUACAUAUCUCCUAGUGCAUCUCGACCUGCAAAUAUACAUAGGAAAAUAACAUUUAUGUUUUUCUUUUACUUCUCUGCAUAUUGCAAGUGUUGAGCUUAAUUAUCUGACACAAUAUUCCUCACUCGUGAUUGAGAAAGGGAAACACAUGGUACGCAGAGUAGAUAAAAAUGUAGAUUAUGUAGUUUUCAAUCCAACUUUUUGAAUAAUAUUAGAUCAUGUGUAUAUGUAAUUGCCAA